AUGACUACCCCAGCUACAUCAACCCCAUCGCCAUGGCUAACCGCCACCUUCAGCUACGCGAACAUGUUCACCGUGGGCACCUUCUACGCCGCCAGUGCCCUACAAGCCGAGCUUCCACGACUAUUAGGUAUCUCCCCUGACUGGGCCAUGGCGCCCUUUGGGAGCGCCUGUGUCGGGCUGUCUGUCGGACUUUCGCAAGCCGCAGCCCUCAUCGACCGCCACAGCGCCCCCAGGGUAGCAGGCCGCGGCGCCAUGCUCUGGGGCGCCGCCGUGCUCAUGACCGGCCUCAGUCUCCAGUACGCGAGCUUCGCAGGCAUCAUCGCAGCUUUUUUCCUCGGGGGCAUCGGCGUCGGUUGGACCUACCUGGCCGUGGUGAUUAUGGUCAGCCAGGCCCUUCCGCAAUCA